CCGAAGCGAGCCAACAAUAGCGCACUGGUUUGGGCAUCAGUUAGCCAUCGACCACGGAAAGUGACAGGUGUUUGUUGAUUUCCCAUCGCCUACUGUGUCGAGCGGUAGUAUUUUGCGCACCCAAUUUGCAAUAGGCUAGACUAGUAGAAGGAAAGAGAAUCUCGGAAACAAUUGAACCGGAAUCCAAUUUGCAGCGGGUGAUUAAAAAGUUCGCUGUGUUUCAUUUGUUUCUAAUCAAGACUGACGCAGAAUUAUAUUCAAAUUAGCAGCGAUAAAGGUCAUCACCACCCCACCCCGGUUCGGUGCAUUGCUCGAUAUCGCGUGAUUUCGGUGAUAUUUUGCUCUUGGCACGUUCCCUAGUGAAAUCACAUCUGAUUUGUUCCCAUCAGCAACGCCAAAGAGUGUGAGAAAGUGUCGAAAAGAAUAACAAGAAGAGGAAGAAUAAAAUUGGGAAGGUGAAAAUUUGUGUGCCACUGUGAUAGUAAAAGUGAAUCGCUGAAUAUUCAAAUUCAAUUUUUGCAUUUUGCAUCCAUCGUCGUCGUCUCAAACUGAACGAGCAAAGUGAAUCAACGGGUGGCGACGAGUUGCAGUAACUCAGCCGGGAGAAAAGUUCAAACAGCGGCAAGCAGAAUUCCAGCCAUGAAUCAGCUCCGAGUGUUCAACUUUUUGCUGUUUGCAUUCUGCUUUUUAUGCACGAUCCGACAGUUAGAGAGUACCUGUGUGCUUGAUUCCGACUUUGGGUUCAUAAUAAAUUGUGCAUUCAAAAAGUCCGGCCUGUUUCGAGUGCGGAAUCUCGGGGGCGUCAAGGCAACCUUCGGGUUAGGUCUAAGCGUGGGCGACGAACUUGGGCUGGCCGAGUCGCUGGGCAAUGUCGAGGGCAGCAAAAGGCGAGCGCUCAACGUGCGGACCAAUGUCAACAACAUCGGGGUACUGCCAGCGGCCAAAAUGCCGUCAUCCUACCCACCGCCGAUCCAGCAAAGUCGUCCGCAGGCGAUAACCGUCCGACCGAUGCUUAAACUAGCCCCGAACGCUAUUGUGGCUCCGCAGCGACCGACCACCGGUACUCCGCAGUACGUUUCACCCGCAUCGAACCUGAUGACGAAAGCGACUUCCCUUCCGUUGGGGGUUCCUGCCUUCAAGCCUCUUCCUUCGAAACCCGAACCUGAACCGGUGAGAUAUGAUCCGACAGUGGCAUACAAGAGCUUCUCCUUCAAAAAUCCUCAAAUGCCCGAUAUUUCCUUCCAGAAUCAGCUCAUGAAUCAGACCUCCUCCUACCACCGCCCGUCCCGAAUCACAGCCGCUGCUCCCAAUCAGCACAUCGUCUACAAGGAAAACUCCAUCCAAGUUCAACAAGUCCCUGCCUUCCACGCCAUGCCCGAUUCGGUAUCCCGUAUCUCCACCGGUCCCGUCAUCCAAAUCGAUAACAAACUGUCGGAACCAACGAUUAAAAAUUCCAUCGUGACCAUUCCACCGCGAAAUGACGUUAGCAAAGGAACAACCGUCGUCGACGGUGUAGAUCUGAUGGGUCAUACGGUGGAAGAACUCGCUGCUGCGGCAAACGUUAGUGUCGAAGUCAUUAGGGAAGCCAUACGAGUUCGGAAACAGGAAAUACUGGCACAGCAGCAGUAUCAGAAACAACAGGCCGCAAUUGUUCAGGCUCAGAUUCAUGCUGCCACAUCAACGAUGAAGACCUCGACCACCACCACCAGCACGACGACAACACCACGGCCGCGACGGAUUCCAGCGCGCUCUGGGCACAAGGUUAUGAACGCGCCAAAAGAAUACUACCCAGUGGGUUAUGACAAAAACUUUGACGAUAACUUCACUUCUAAAGUCGACUUGCCAUACACGACGUUCAACUGUGGCGAACAGAAACAUUUUCCGGGCUUGUACGGCGAUGAGGACCUUGGCUGUAUGGUCUUCCACGUGUGUGCCCUCACCGACGACGGUCUGAUCAUGAAGUCAUUCCUCUGCCCGGAGAGCACCCUGUUCGAUCAGACCAUUCUGAAGUGCAACUGGUGGUUCUACGUGGACUGCAAAAACAGCAAGACGUUGUACGACUCCAACCUGCCAGUAUCGAAGAGCUACCAGCUGAUGAAAGCCCUGUCGUUCUUCUCGUCCAACUACAAGAGCCCGCAGAGUGCCGAGGACAUGGAAGCCCUGAAGAACAGUGUGGCGGUAGCAAAUGCUAACAAUACGAUCGGGUCGGCCAACGGUCGAUCGUUAACCGGGGCGCUAUCCUCUACAACCGCAGCAGCACAGGUCGAGAUCAACGGCAAAUCGUCGUCCUCCGUGCAGACUUCAGUGACAAACAAGUUGUAAACUACCGUUGUCCGUUAGGUUUAAAUUGAAAUUUCUGAGGGUUGCUAAUCAAUAUCGUGAAUUUAGGAGUAUUUGAAUUGUUUUCGUUUGGUCGUAAGUCUACUCGACAAGGGUAGCAAAAACUUUGUCAUGGAAGGGUGAUUUCGUAUGAAAUCAUUAUUUUUGGUUGUUGUUGUUGUUGUUACUCUUUUUUACCAGUCCACUUUUUCAGUAACGAGCAAGCAAUUUAUUUAUGAAACAAUAAUUUGAGUAAGAAAUAAAGGAAACCGGUUAGCGUUAGGGACAAACGAACAAGUCAUAAAAUAGUUGCUAAAUAUAAUUUACCCGGAGCAACUAAAAAAAGAGGCAAAACAGAAGCAAAAAUGGACACUUUCAAUUCCCUAGAGGGACAGAGGCGUAAAUCCUGACAGUUAAACAUGCUGUUAUAUUAUUUUUUUUUGCAGCUGGCUCUUUGCUCCGGGUUUCGCUCAGCCAGGUGCGAAAAUAAUUUAAAUGGGAACCUGAUAACGUUCGCUGAUAGCGGCUGUGCGGGGGCAUCUCUUCCGCUGGGCGAUUUACCGGACUUUGUCUGCCAUGGCUGGGAAAGUUUGCCCAAGAAUCAUGUGCUGGUGUGAGCGCUUGGUUGAAUCUGGUCCGCCUGGUGGGUAUGCUUUUAGCAGAGCAGCCUGGAAACGAGAAGUGCUCAACAGUGGGCUGAUUGAUGGAAGUAUUCUGUUGAAAUAUUUCAAAUUUUUCCUAGAUGAAUGAUUGACAGUGGAUUUGAUUUGAAAUCGGUUUGUUGGGUUGGGUUAAAUUUUCGACAACACACAAGAGUUAUUUCUCUUCAUCUUUUCAAAUUACAAAAAAAAUGUCAAUCACCCAGCGAAGAGUUCCCACGCACAUUAGUUUGUACUUAAAACUAUACCCGAAAAGAAAAGAGAUUAUUACGAAAUAACAAAUGUAAUGUUGUAGUAAGUCUAUCUCCUCGUUGAAUACCUAAACAAUAACAUCAUUGCAUGAAAGCGACGAGAAAACAAUAGUUGUGUCAAAUUUACACAUCAAGCUGCCAAAACAAUUUAUACUAUUUUAUAAUAUAAUUAUCGUUAUCAACUUUCCUACUUGUUAGAUUGGUUUAAGUUUAUUUAUUAUAUACAUUUUAUCAACUAGCGGAAUGCGAUCACCACCGAUCGCUUCUUAAAAGACUUUUACGACAAGAAAAACUACUAUUUUUAUCGUGAUUUAUUGACUCAGCAUACUUCGUCUCCUGUAUGGGUAUCUUGAAGGUGUAUUUGUUCUAGUAGGUAUCUAGGAGAAUUAACGGUAAGGAAAUCAAAUCCUCGGGUAUAUGGAAGCGGUUUUAGUUCAAACUGCUUAUAUUAAGAUUGGUCAAAUUGCAAUGAAAACAGAAAGAAAAAAUUUUCAUUCAAGGUUAGAAGGAAAAACGAAAAAAUAAAUGAUAAGCACACCUAAAAAAUUUGCUCAUUGUUCUUUGAUCGAAGCUAAACUGUUAGCUGCAUUGCUAUUAACAAUAGAUGAAAAAAUCGCAGAAAAUAAGCUCAAGCAAGUAAAAAAUAUAAGUUCAAGUAGAGACCGGAAAGUGGUCGCGUAGCUUAAAUAAUGAAAGUAUGAAACAAUUAUGUGUCAAAUCCACCGUGGAUGCAACAAUUAGUGAAUGUCAACUGAGAAAUAAACGAAUAACAUUCUAACGAAACAGAA